AUGAAUGGACGAGGGACACAGAACCAGUUAAGGGUCCUGAGAGGAGCUCUGGGUCUGUCCGCCGCCAAACAGAUCGUCUGCUGCUGCGGCACUGGGACCAGCCCCAAGCCAGCACAAGCUCCGGUUGGAUUGUUGGAAGCACAACGCUUUUCUCUGGGGUCUCAAGUGCCUCCUGGAACGGUUUCCGUGAGGCUUGCGGGCGCCGUUCCACACGGUGGAUUGGCAGUUGACCCUAGGGAGACGAGGCGGGCCAGAGAGCGCUUUUGCCCCGCAGCAUUCAUCCUGGUCGAGAGAGUCCAUCCUGAUCGUGUGGGCGUCACCCGGGAUAUGCGAGCCAAGGUCCGAUUUUGGUCUCUUGGCUGGUUCAGCUGCGUGGUUGCUGGCAUCCCAUGCCUCGUGUGUUCCAACGUCCGGCAUGCUGCAGAAAACGGAGAUGUUGACUGCGUCCUAGCCUAUCUCCCCGAGUAUCUAGCCGACAUUGCGGAGAAAUGGAGAUGCGCCGUUAUGUGUCGUUUAAGAUCUUGGAGCGUUGAUCACUCUGCGGCUGUCAACCCAGGGCAUCUCGCUGGCCACCGUUCCCUCCUGCUUGUUGGAGGUAACUCGGCCGACUGGUGGGAUCCCUGUGCAGGUUUACAAGGCCUAGUGGUGUAUAGCUUGCUCGAAGUGUGGAGCAUUCCGAUGAAGCUUUCUGCCAUUGCCAUCAUCUCGCUCCGCUGA